GGCGGGCAGCGCAGAGUGCGAGGCUCUUUUGUUCGGCUGAGGGGAGGGCUGUUGGCCGGGGCCUGCGGUACGCCGCUUCAGUGAGGGGCUCAACCGCGGUCAACCGGCUUGUUGCUUUUCUGGUCGCCACUCCCCUGGCCGGCCCGACAAGACGCGCCAGUAGCGCGGCACCGAUUCCUCUCGGGCUCGUGGGCGCUGCUCUGAGCAGCGUCACCCUUUAUACCAGAAAGCUGGCGGGCACUAUGGGGAAAAAACAAAACAAGAAGAAAGUGGAGGAGGUGCUAGAAGAAGAGGAAGAAGAAUAUGUGGUGGAAAAAGUUCUCGACCGUCGAGUGGUAAAGGGCAAAGUGGAGUACCUCCUAAAGUGGAAGGGGUUCUCAGAUGAGGACAACACAUGGGAGCCAGAAGAAAACCUGGAUUGCCCCGACCUCAUUGCUGAGUUCCUGCAGUCACAGAAAACAGCACACGAGACAGAUAAAUCAGAGGGAGGCAAGCGCAAAGCUGAUUCUGAUUCGGAAGAUAAGGGGGAGGAGAGCAAACCAAAGAAGAAGAAAGAAGAGUCAGAAAAGCCACGAGGCUUUGCCCGGGGUUUGGAACCGGAGCGGAUUAUUGGAGCUACAGACUCCAGUGGAGAACUCAUGUUCCUGAUGAAAUGGAAAAACUCUGAUGAGGCUGACCUGGUCCCUGCCAAGGAAGCCAAUGUCAAGUGCCCACAGGUUGUCAUAUCCUUCUAUGAGGAAAGGCUGACGUGGCAUUCCUACCCCUCGGAGGAUGAUGACAAAAAAGAUGACAAGAAUUAACUGUCCUGAGUACCAGCCCCUGUCACAUCUGACUGUGGGUUUCAAGUGGGGAAAGAAGGAGUUCUACUUGUCUUGACACCGUAGAGGGGGCUUGAGAAGAUGUCCUUUGAAGAGCCAGUAUAGUUUCUGUGCCCUACAGCAGCCCAAGUGCUUUAAAGCCGUUCCAUGCUGUAUAGUUUGCACACCCAUCCCAGUGGAGGGGAAGGAGGGUCAGUGUUUCAAGGCAACCCAUUCUGAACUUUGCUGAGAAAAGCAAAGGGCCUUCUAUGAAGGACAAAACUUGCAGAAUGGGAUGUGGGAGAGCAAAAGAUACUAUAGAUCUUCAAAGAGCAUCUCCACAACCCACAGCCUUCUUCCCAAUAGUGUUAACUCUGCAUUUUUACAGCGUAGCAUGUAUGUAGUUUUUGGCUAUUUCUGGUGUAUUAUUUGGGGUGGGAGGGAUGGGGUGGGAAAGAAGGGAGAUGGGUUAGGAUCAUUUUUGUUAAAAUUUGGGGCCUGUUGGGGGGAAAUGGUGAAAGAAAGGAAAGAACAACUAAUGAUGAUUUGGUUCUGUGUCCAGACUAUUUCAUCCUUUCAAAAAAUGUUGUUGGCAACCUAAAUGAGGACUGUGAGAGACUGUUUAAAAGCUGUGAAUGCCUGAAACUUAGAAGCCAAGGUGUUCCCUGCCUGAGCUUAAUGCUGUUCCCAAAAAGCAUUAAGCUUUGGUAACUUCUUAACUUCCCAGUUAAGAAGUUACCAAAGCUGCCAUUUGGAGGAUGGAAACUGGUUGAGGAAAAGUCUUAUUGGAGUGUAUACACAGGCAGAUCAUUCUGUCUUAGAGGUGCUAAUUCUUGAAAUUGACAAGAAGACCCUUUCUUUUCCAAUUUUGAAGUUAUAAAUAUCAGCUUCUCCAUCCAAGCCACUGGCUGAAGUAUUUGGGGAAGGGCAGAGGGUGGUAUAGGAGAUGGGAGAGUAGGCAAAGACAAGGGCCGGUGCUCUUAGGGUGGAAAACUCUUGGAGCCUCUGUUUUUUGAACUUUGAAACCAUUGGUGGCAGGGUUCAGUCACUGACAGCACAAGUUCACUGAGUCACUUCAAGAGUUGAAUGACUUCUGAAGCCCUGGUCUCAGGAGAAGAUUAAAUUUUCAUACUGGGGCAGUGGUUCACUUUAAAACAAAACAAAUUUUUUUAAUCCUAAGAAUGAACUAAAACCCAAAAUGCUGUCUUGGAUCAUGAGAUCCAUCAGUUCUUGACAUCAUUUAGACCUGCAUCUAGAACUCCGUUGUAAAAUCUUUUUAGGCAUGUGUUAGGUUUCUGUGAAAACUUUUGUUUAAAUGUUAAACUUCAUACCAACACUGUCAGUUUUUGUCUUAAUAAAACUAUAGAUUUAUAAUCCUUGAUUUUUGUCUUGUCUUGCCAGAAACAGUCCUUGCCUUUUAUUAUUUUAUAGAUUGAGCCUCUUUGGGAACAACUUCCACACUUGAAUGGUUUUAUUUCUUAAAUACUGUAGGCUUGAAAAUCUAGUGUCUGGUGUGAAUCUUUGACACUGAGCAUUUAUAAUUGAUACAAAGAUUAUAAAGAUUGUCACAUCAUUCUGUCUUCAUACUGCUCAAAGUUCGUUCAGCGCUCUGUGACCCGACAGCACUUCCAAAAUAUGAUACAUUUGGAAACACAGGUUUUUGGGUUAGGUUUAGAUCCUGGCUCAGGUAUUUCAUAGAUUUGUGUGACCAUAGCUAAAGUCAGCUUCUCCGAACUUUUCAGGAAUUGGUCCUGUGUUUGAUCAGUGAAUUAAAAUGUCAUCCAUUUUCUUAACAUAAUUUUCUGCCUAUAAUUCUAGAGCCAAAAUGGGACUAGAUUCUUGUCAGUUAUAAAGGGGGAAAUCGGAUUUCCACUGAGAUCAGUUCAGCUCUACGCACUAGUGCAAAGCAUCUGUUCCAAAUAAACUGAGUGUAGCUAUACUUUUUUCAAAAAGCCUCCUAGGAGUUUAGGGAGACGUAAAUGGAGCUGGAGAGGUCUUCCUCUGCAGAGGUCUGAGUGUGUCCUUGUAGUUGGCAGCAGCAGAGCAGUCUGUAGCUAGUUAAGAGAGUUGGGGUGGGCAGAUAUAUCUGGUUCUGUUCUCCAUCAACAGAUGCACUGAAAUUAGCCUUCAGUCUUGGUGCUUGUCCAAGAUGGGCUGCUAUUCAGCUUUAGCCUUAACCUUUGGAACCUAUUUCACUGUCACUGCUGGCAUUCCUGAGCUCUUUUAAAACCGUAUCAUUCUUCCCCUUGGAAGACACUGAAAUUGAUAAUGCAUGUUGAAGAUAUGCAAUUCUGUUAUCUUUAAAAGCCAAUUAUCACACAUUUCUAGAUUCAAGGGUUAAGGAUAAAUUUUUCUCAAGUGAUUGAUUGCUGAAGCCACAAAUGCAUGCAGAAAUGUCAGGGAAAAAAAUACACAUAGGCACAACAAAUCUUAAGUCUGCUUUCAGAAAGUAUUCGUAGAGCAUUUCUUUAGGAAAUACAAAAACAUGUCUGUCAGAUGCCUUCAACAAAAUUGCAUCAUAUUAGACCUCUAGCCCAGGAGUUGAGGAGAUACAGAUUGGUACCUUAGUUACCAUUACAAAAGAACAAGAGCUUACUAAUUUGGUGACAGAAUCACUAUCAGCUGUCCUACACUGGCAAAGCCAGUCAAAGAAAAUACCUUGUUCCUUCACUGCCUUCAGUUGAGUUUCAAGUUAAUACAGUAAAUACAGAAACACUCGUCAACUGACAGUGCUCAGGAAUAAUUGUUUCUGCUUUCCAAUGGCAUUUGAAAGUUUUGACUACCAAUUUUAAGUAAUUUUUAAUAGUUGAUUUUUAAGUGCUUAUUAUCCGGUAUAAUCUUACAUUCCAGAACUCAUUCAGACUCAGCUCAACUUGAUUUUAACCCUUGGCUAUUUAAUGUUUGACCAUGUGUACACAGCACAUCUUUAUAGUCUAUGGCCUGUGGCAUUGGGAAUCUGUAUUACAAGGUAAUUAUUUUCCUCAUAGAGAAAGGGGGAAUGCUAGAACUCCAAAUCGCUACUCCAAAAUAAUUUGGUGGAAUUGGAACUCUGAAAUCCAGAUUUCUGCAAUGGCUCCAAAUCCUGAACUAUGUAUGGAGCUGAGUUCUGUUUGUUUGAGAUCAAAUUUAUCUGAUCAAGUCAUACUAAUCUGAUGUGCAAGCUGGGCCUUCUCAUGAGGAUGAACGUGAACAUCAUGUUCUGAUGUGCAAGUUGGGCCUUCUCAUGAACAUCAUGAGGACGUUCUCAUUUAAAACUCAGAACUGAUAGGAAUGAACUAAAUCCAGGCUCAGUGUUUUCCCUCCACUAGAAUUUUUUUUUUUUAAUUUAUUUAUUUUUGGCUGCAUUGCUGCAAGAGGGCUUUCUCUAGUUGCAGCG